GGCUUCUAGAGGAAUUGAAGUCUCACUUCACUGCUGUAGCAGGCAGGAACAGCACUAGUACUUACAGGCUCCCACACAGAGCUACACUUUGGAUCACAAUGUCCCCAGCAGCAUUGGGCUCUGGGAAGCAUGAUCUUCUUUUACUCCCACCACAGACAACCUACAUACCAGAUUCAUGUUCUCACUGUAAUGACACAUAUCUUAAUACCCUUGGAGUAAACAUGUGCCUCCACUCCCCCGGCAUUUACAGUCAGAGAGAUGGCUUAUCCUUGUGAACAGACAGGAAGGGCUCAUCCACUCUUCCAUUCUCUGACUAGAACCUGGUCAUUAAAGCACAAAUUUGUAUUUAUUUUCUUACCAGCUAUUUACCCACUUGUAGGAUAUUGUCUAAAAAGCAAGUGAUAGGUCCUUUCUGGACAAUCUUUUUAUCUCUGGCAAAUACAGCAUGGCAAAUAACAAUACUUGCAAGAGGAAUUUAUUAGGCCAUCCAGCCAACAGCUAAUGCACAUGACUGGCAGUUGCGCAAGCCUUCAGUUUUCUUCCUCAUUCACAAAUAAUUUCUGUAUCUUAAAAAAUUUUUUAUUAUUUUAAUCCAUCUUUGUUAGGCAAACAUCUUUAUGUCUGCAAAUUAUUUACCUUGUGCUAUGAAAAUAUUGCUAUUAUUAAUUCAUUGCAAUAAUAAGAGAGAGUGCAUAUACUCUUCACAUUCAGAACAUGCAAUAUAAAGUAAUUCCACCACCUCCAUUAUCACUUGCACAUUUAAAUGCUGGUGGAAUUCAAGCAACUUUCAAAAAUAUCAUCAUACAAUCAUUAAAGUAACUGGAAAAACGGUAUCUGUAGCUAAGUUGCAAAAAUUCAACAGUGCCAAUUACUGACCAAAUAUAUCCAAUUGAAUGAGGAUCUAUUAGUAAUAGAUUAACCAGAUUCAUGUGUACGUAACAGUCGCAGCAUGGUACAUUGCUGCUGUUAGUUUCAAAGUUCAUAUAUGGACUUCUUUUUACACUGCACAUGUGCUUUAUGAAUGAAGUCUGAUUGCAAGAAGAAUUUAAGUGAAAAUAAGUGACAGGUUUGUGGAUAAAAGAAAGCAUAGACAAUGGCAGACACCAAUGAGAUGACAAUCAACCUUGUUGUCCUUGGAAAAACUCAGACUGGCAAGAGUGCUGCUGGGAACAGCCUGCUGGGCAGCUCAGACUUUGAGAGCCGUGGCUCCCCAAGCUCUGUGACUACAUGCUGUAGCCUUGGACGCAGCUGCCGCAUUUUGGGGAUUAUGCGAAGAAAUGGCUGCGAGCUGGCUCUCCGUGUUCGAGUACUUGACACUCCAAGCUACCCUCACAGUGCUCUGAGCAAGGAGCAGGUGAGAGACAUGGUGGGAUCAGCCCUGGCUCAACACUUCGGGGAGGAAGGCCUGCACCUGGCUCUCUUGGUCCUGCGGGCUGACUUGCCUCUGUGUCCGGAUGAGAGUAAUGAUGCAGUUCAGUUCAUCCAGGAACUUCUGGGUCCCACAUGGAAGGAUUUCACUGCAGUUUUACUUACUCAUGCAGACAAGGCAGAAGAAGCUGGAUGCAGUGAAGAAACAUACUUGCACAGUGCCUCAAGCACUCUGUUGUCACUUUUGAGCUCAGUACAGCAUAAAUACAUCUUCCUAGACAACCAGAAGAGCAUAAUUAAAGAGGAAAGAACCAUUGUCUUAAGAAAGCUCUUGAAUUUUAUAAGACAAAAUAAUUAUCAAGUGCUUUUACUUAAAACCAGCAAGGAAUAAAAUAAGCUUUCAGGUGCUCAUUUGUCUAUUUUCUAUGGUAGGUAACAUUUAAUAGAAAUAAAAAAGUAGAAGCCAUCAGCUGGAAAACUCCACAUCCACACCAAAUACCUUUGAACAUACAAUUAGAAAUAUCUCUUUAAAUUACCAAACUAAUUGCCUUUCAUAUAAUACCUUACACUGCCGCAUCCAGAAUCCUAGCUUCAACCACAAAAUCAGAAAAAGUUAGUGCUCUAAAAUCACACCCUUAAUAUGUAUGUAGUCACAAAUGAGAUUUUGUACUACAUCAGACUGUAUAUUCCAGCUCAAAUAGAAUAUACAUCUGGAAGAUGA